CUACGACUAAACACUCUACUCGUGCCUAUCAUCUCCGUCUUUCUUUAUGGCGCAAAUGCUGAGCCGUCCGUCCCAGGAGGCGAGCUGUACCCGCCGGGAUACCUACCACUCGUGAAUAGAGCAAACGCUCUAUUGUCCGCAGGACAAUUCCAUGAUGCUGCAAAGACGUACACCGAGGCUAUAGAAAUGGCCCCGACUGACUACUUGCUAUACUACAAGCGUGCUACGGCGUACUACUCCAUGAACCGGCACCCACAAGCUCUAGAAGACUUUGACAGGGUUCUGAACCUGACUUCUAAUGGGUUCGAGAAAGCGUAUCUCCUCAAAGCUCGCAUUCACGCCAAGGAUGGACGCUUUGCUGCCGCCCGCGACGCUCUUAAGAAGUAUAAGGUCAAGGACGACCCCGAGGUGCGCGAGGUGCUCUUUGGCGUUUCCGAAGCCGAGAUGGCGGCGAAGAAGGCAAUACAAGCCAUGAAGGCGAAGCUCUGGCAGGCCUGCGUGGAGGCCUCGAGCACCGCGCUGCACACUGCUAGUCACUCGAUCGAGCUCCGGCAGCAACGUGCGAACUGCGCGAUCGCUGCGGGCGACAUCGAGGGUGCCGUCGGCGACCUGACGCGUCUCACCCAUCUAACAACACCGUCUACGACGAUGCUUAUGAAGAUAUUUCGCCUGGCGUACUUCCUCAUGCCCUACGAUCCUUCGUCGUCUACGGCUGCCAUGUCCGCGCUCAAGCAGUGCCUCCACUACGAUCCCGACUCGAAGCAGUGUCUCCCCGCGCAUCGACUGGUCAAAUCUUUCGACAAGACGUUCAAGAAGCUUGAUGACGCGCUGAGCGCCGAGAACUGGGCCAUCGCAAUUAAGCUACUUGCGUCCGACGGCUUCUUGGACAAGUUCGAGGAGGCACUCGCGACGCACAUCAACCCCGCGGCACUUGCUCUUCCACCCCACAUUCCCCUUCGACCGGCGGCAAAGACAAGUCCGAGACGAGAGCACAUACUCAGGUCUCUAUGCAGGGCAUACACCAAUACGAAGCAGUUCUCCGGGGCCGACGACUACUGCAGCGACCUUCUCGAGAUGGACGGCUUCAGCAACGAUGCAGAUGCACUGGUGGGCAAGGGCGAGGCACUGUUGAAGAAGGAGGAGUGGGAAGAGGCGGUGCGAGUGUUUGAGAAGGCGUUCGAAGCCAGCGGCAGGUCAAGUCGUGACAUACACCAACGCUUGCAACGCGCCCAGAAGCUUCUCAAACAGUCCCGCCAGAAGGACUAUUACAAGGUUCUGGACGUGUCGCGCGAUGCCGACACCAAGACGAUCAAGAAGGCGUUCCACAGAGCCGCGAUGAAGGCACAUCCUGACAAGGGCGGUUCUGAGGCGAAGAUGGCCACCGUUAACGAGGCGUACGAGGUCCUCUCGAAUCCCGAACUGCGCCAGCGCUUCGAUAAUGGCGAUGAUCCUAACGACCCUAUGGCUGGCCAGGGCGGGAACCCAUUCCAAGGCGGAUUCCCCGGAGGAAACCCCUUCCAGUUCUUCACAGGCGGGGGAGGCGGAGGCGGAGGAUUCCCUGGCGGCUUCCAAUUCCACUUCAGCCCACCAGGACACCAUGGAAGAGGUCACUGAUGGAUUAUGGAGACCGGACGGACGAUUGCUUUAUCGGAUGCUGUGCAUUUUUGUUGUAUUAUCAGUGGACUUGAUGCAUUGCUACCUGGAUUCAACACCCCC